AUGUUGCUGAAGAAAGCUCAUGCUUGUCUGCUAAUACUUUUCAGUUUCUUUUCUUUAAUUGAGUCCAUAAAAAGACGUUACGAUCUCGUAUUGCACAACAUAACAUGUGAGAAAUUCAACUCAGCGGUUAAGGAAUUCGAUUGCGAUUUACAAAUGCUAAACGCAGGCAGUUAUGCCCUUGAUAUGAGUUUCAUGUACUCCAAGGACUUGCCCAAAACUGCCGAAUGGCAUACUCUCAUCUAUUUCACUCACGCCCAAGUAAAGGCCGGCAAACCCGUCAAAUUUUUGGAUUUUAAAAUAAAUAUCUGCAACUUUUUGACCACAGCCAUGGGGGUGCCGUUUGUUAAGGUCUUGGUGGAAGAAAUGAGAAAGACAAGCAAUUUGCCCUACAAAUGUCCCUUGAAAGGCUUAGUGACGAUGCAGGGUGAUAUCGAGGCCAACACAGGCUAA